AUGAUUUCAGAACUCGGGGAGAAUUUUGAUGGGCGUGAUGCAAGGCAGAUGUUGAGAGCUGUUCGGAGUGAAAUAUUGAAGGGGUGUAAAAUAGUGUUCAGUAGGGUUUUUCCGACACAGUUUCAAGCGGAAAACCACCAGCUAUGGGUGGUGGCUGAGCGGCUAGGUGCCACCUGUACGACUGAGGUUGACUCGUCAGUGACACAUGUCAUCUCUACAGACAUUGGAACUGAAAAGUCAAGGUGGGCUGUUCAAGAAAAGAAGUUUCUAGUGGAACCACGGUGGUUGGAAGCUGCGAAUCUCAGAUGGGAGAGACAACCUGAGGAGAAAUUUCCGGUGGUCAAAGAAGUAAAAGAAAAACACUGAACUUUUUGUUUCUCUCUCAUUUGACUAGUUGUUGUUGACUUGAUAGAGAGUUGUGGUUUUUGUUGGUAUAGUAGUAUAGGUGGUGGUUACUAGUUAGGUUAGAAGAACAAGAUUAGAAAUAUCAUAGUAUCUCAUACAUUUUGCAUCUGAUUUGUCUGAUUAAGAUGUACAGGAUUUUUGCUUGUCAAAGAUGUUUUGACUCAAUGGGCU